UCUCCUAAAACCACAAUGAUCCUUCUUUCUCUUCAAAUCAUAACAUCUUUCUUCCUUACCACCACUGCCUCCUCAUCAUCACUUCCCGGUGGCUUCACCAUCGACGUAAUCCACCGUCGCUCUAAUUCAUCUUCUUCUAGAUUCUCUAAAACCGAUGAUGAUCAGCUAGGAUCACCCUACGCCAAUACUGUCUUUACAACCUCCGAGUAUCUAAUGAAGCUACAAAUCGGUACUCCCCCAGUCGAGAUCGAGGCCCACAUAGACACGGCAAGUAGCAUCGUAUGGACACAAUGUUUGCCUUGUCUUAGCUGCUACGACCAGCAAGAUCCCAUAUUCGACCCUUCAAAAUCAUCAACCUACAAAGAGAAAAAAUGCGACGAGGACCCUAACAACCCUUGUCGUUACGAGGCUAACUACGCAGACCAAAGCUAUUCUAAGGGAGCAUAUGCGACCGAGACGGUCACGUUCCAAUCUACUACAGGACAACCUUUUGUGAUGGCUCAAACAACCAUUGGUUGUGGCCACAACAACUCAUUGACUUCUCCGACCGCUUCGGGCAUUAUUGGUCUAGAUCGGGGAGCUUCGUCGCUCAUCUCGCAGAUGAGCGAGAACUUCUAUGGUUUUUUCUCUUACUGUUUUUCUCGCAAAGAAACUAGUAAGAUCAACUUUGGAAGCAACGGUGUUGUGUCAGGACAUGGGACUGUAGCAACCACUAUGUUUAGAAGGAUGGAGAAACCCAACUUCUACUACCUAAACCUAGACGCGAUAAGCGUUGGGGAGAACCGGGUUGAGACAAUGGGGACACCCUUUUACUCCUUAGAAGGGAACAUUAUUAUAGACUCUGGAACCACUUAUACUUACUUGCCCGAUGGCUUCUGCAACAAAGUGAAGGAUGCUGUGGAUAGCGUCGUAAAGGUGGAGCAAGCACCUUUUUCAGGGGAGAUGUUGUGCUAUAACACCGCCGACAUAGAUGUAUUUCCGGUGAUCACAAUGCACUUCUCGGGUGGUGCGGAUCUUGUUUUGGAUAAAUACAAUAUGUAUGAUAAUACUGGAGAUAGCUAUUGUUUGGCGAUUUCGUGCGUUGGCCCGACAGAAGAUGCAUACUUUGGGAACAGAGCACAGAACAAUUUGUUGAUUGGUUAUGAUUCUUCUUCUGAGCUUGUUUCUUUUGAAUCCACCGAUUGUUCUGCAUUGUAUUAA